CUUGCAGCUGACACCAUGAGUAGUGACACUGAAAUGGAAGUGUUCGGCAUAGCCGCUCCUUUCCUCCGGAAGUCAGAAAAGGAGAGGAUCGAGGCUCAGAAUCAGCCUUUUGAUGCCAAAACCUACUGCUUUGUGGUUGACUCCAAGGAAGAGUAUGCCAAGGGGAAAAUUAAGAGUAGCCAAGAUGGAAAGGUCACUGUGGAGACAGACGACAACAGGACCCUGGUGGUGAAACCAGAGGACGUGUAUGCGAUGAACCCUCCCAAGUUCGACAAGAUCGAGGACAUGGCGAUGUUGACGCACUUGAAUGAGCCAGCAGUGCUGUACAACCUCAAGGACCGCUACACGUCCUGGAUGAUCUAUACCUACUCGGGCCUCUUCUGUGUCACUGUCAACCCCUACAAGUGGCUGCCGGUGUACAACCCUGAGGUGGUGGAUGGCUACCGAGGCAAAAAGCGCCAGGAGGCGCCGCCCCACAUCUUUUCCAUCUCUGACAAUGCCUAUCAGUUCAUGCUGACUGAUCGUGAAAACCAGUCCAUUCUGAUCACCGGAGAAUCUGGGGCAGGAAAGACUGUGAACACCAAACGGGUCAUCCAGUACUUUGCAACAAUUGCAGCUACUGGAGACCUUGCCAAGAAGAAGGACUCCAAGAUGAAGGGGACUCUGGAAGAUCAAAUCAUCAGUGCCAAUCCCCUCCUGGAGGCCUUUGGGAACGCCAAGACUGUGAGGAAUGACAACUCCUCCCGCUUUGGAAAGUUCAUCCGAAUCCAUUUUGGGACCACUGGGAAGCUGGCCUCUGCAGAUAUUGAAACUUAUCUGCUGGAAAAGUCAAGAGUCACUUUCCAGCUGAAGGCUGAGAGAAGCUAUCACAUCUUCUACCAGAUUCUUUCCAACAAGAAGCCUGAGCUCAUCGAGCUGCUGCUGAUUACAACCAACCCUUACGACUACCCAUUCAUCAGCCAGGGUGAAAUCCUGGUGGCCAGCAUUGAUGAUGCUGAGGAACUGUUGGCUACAGACAGUGCCAUUGACAUCCUGGGUUUCACCCCAGAGGAGAAAUCCGGACUCUACAAGUUGACAGGAGCUGUGAUGCAUUAUGGGAACAUGAAAUUCAAGCAGAAGCAGCGAGAGGAGCAGGCAGAGCCAGACGGCACGGAAGUGGCUGACAAAACAGCCUACCUGAUGGGCCUGAACUCCUCAGACCUCCUGAAGGCCUUAUGCUUCCCCAGAGUGAAAGUCGGGAACGAGUAUGUGACCAAGGGUCAAACUGUGGACCAGGUGCACCAUGCUGUGAAUGCUCUUUCCAAAUCCGUUUAUGAAAAGCUAUUUUUGUGGAUGGUCACGCGGAUUAACCAGCAACUGGACACGAAGCUACCGAGACAACACUUCAUUGGUGUUUUGGACAUUGCAGGCUUUGAAAUCUUUGAGUAUAACAGCCUGGAGCAGCUGUGCAUCAACUUCACCAAUGAGAAACUGCAACAGUUUUUCAACCACCACAUGUUCGUGCUGGAGCAGGAGGAGUACAAGAAGGAAGGCAUCGAGUGGACGUUCAUUGACUUUGGGAUGGACCUGGCUGCCUGCAUCGAGCUCAUAGAGAAGCCGAUGGGCAUCUUCUCCAUCCUGGAAGAGGAGUGCAUGUUCCCCAAGGCAACAGACACCUCCUUCAAGAACAAGCUGUAUGAGCAGCACAUUGGAAAGUCUGCUAACUUCCAGAAGCCCAAGGUGGUCAAAGGCAAGGCCGAGGCCCACUUCUCUCUGAUUCACUAUGCGGGCACCGUGGACUACAGUGUUUCAGGCUGGCUGGACAAGAACAAGGACCCCUUGAAUGAAACUGUGGUUGGACUGUACCAGAAGUCCUCCAACAGGCUCCUGGCACACCUCUAUGCCACCUUUGCUACAGCAGAUGCUGACAGUGGAAAGAAGAAAGUUGCCAAGAAGAAGGGUUCUUCCUUCCAAACAGUCUCUGCGCUUUUCAGGGAAAACCUGAACAAGUUGAUGUCCAAUUUAAGAACCACUCACCCUCACUUUGUGCGUUGUAUAAUUCCCAAUGAAACCAAGACCCCAGGGGCUAUGGAGCACAGCCUGGUCCUGCACCAGCUGCGGUGUAAUGGUGUCCUGGAAGGCAUCCGCAUCUGUAGGAAAGGAUUCCCCAAUAGGAUUCUCUAUGGGGAUUUUAAACAAAGAUACCGAGUGCUGAAUGCCAGCGCCAUCCCUGAGGGACAAUUCAUUGACAGCAAGAAAGCUUGUGAAAAACUCCUGGCAUCCAUUGAUAUUGACCACACUCAGUACAAAUUUGGACACACCAAGGUGUUCUUCAAGGCAGGUUUGUUGGGUACCCUGGAAGAGAUGCGGGAUGACCGCCUGGCCAAACUGAUCACUCGGACGCAAGCUGUGUGCAGAGGGUUUCUCAUGCGUGUGGAAUUCCAGAAGAUGGUGCAGAGAAGGGAGUCCAUCUUCUGCAUCCAAUAUAACAUCCGCUCCUUCAUGAACGUCAAGCACUGGCCCUGGAUGAAACUCUUCUUCAAGAUCAAGCCCUUGCUGAAGAGUGCAGAAACUGAAAAGGAGAUGGCCACCAUGAAGGAAGAGUUCCAGAAAACCAAAGAUGAGCUUGCCAAGUCAGAGGCAAAAAGGAAGGAGCUAGAAGAAAAGCUGGUGACUCUAGUACAAGAAAAGAAUGACUUGCAGCUACAAGUACAAGCGGAAAGUGAAAACUUGUUGGAUGCUGAGGAAAGAUGUGACCAGCUGAUCAAAGCCAAAUUCCAGCUUGAGGCUAAAAUCAAAGAGGUGACCGAGAGAGCUGAGGAUGAGGAAGAGAUCAAUGCUGAGCUGACAGCCAAG